GGCGUUUUAGCUCCUGAUUACGGUGAAGCGAAACUGCACUUUCUCUCCAGCCAAGCUGUUGGUUAAUUCCUCUCGCGGGCGCCAAAGCUGACAGUCCGGCGUUGGGAUCAACGCUUAAACGUUCAACCUCCGGGAUGUCUUUCCUGGAAAAGCCUGCCCCAGGGAGGCUGCUGCUGGAUGACACGGUUCCCCUGACGGCGACGAUAGAAGCCAGCCAGAACCUGCAGUCCCACACGGAAUACAUCAUUCGUGUCCAGAGAGGAGUGUCCUCGGAGAACAGCUGGCAGGUAGUACGGCGGUACAGCGAUUUCGACGCUCUGAACAACAGCCUGAUGGUAUGCGGCGUCAGCCUUCCUCUCCCGCCUAAGAAGCUGAUCGGAAACAGAGACCGGGAGUUCAUAGCGGAGAGGCAGAAAGGCCUGCAGGCCUACCUGGAUGCCAUUACCCAGCAUACCUUGCUCUGCAGCGCUCUGCCGGUUAAGAAGUUCCUGGACCCAAACAACUAUGCUUACAACUACACAGAGAUUGCUCUGCAGCAGGUCUCCAUGUUCUUCAGAUCAGACCCCAAUUGGGAAGUUCUGGAGCCUCUCAAAGAUGUCGGCUGGAGGAUCAGGAAGAAAUAUUUCCUCAUCAAAAACAAAGAACAAACCAAAGAGCGGUAUCUGCUGAGCUGGGUGGACCUGGGUCCUGAUAAGUUCCUGUCAGACAAAGACCUGCAUUCUGCCAUGAAGCUGCUCACCAGCCUCUCGAGUCCGUACAUGUGUCCAUUGUUGUUCUCCAGCACCAGUGAGUCUUCAGCACUUCUCAUCCGAUCUUUUAAUGAGGCCGGCUCACUCAGAGACCACAUCUGUAAGGUGAAGCCCAGAGAGAACUACAUGAAGAAGUACGGCAACCCCAAGAAGUGUCAGGGUCUCGAACUCGCUCACAUCAAACUGUACGGCCGCCAGAUACUGGAGGGCCUCAGAGUCCUCCACGACAGCGGUUUAUUUUUUGGCCACCUGCACGCCUCCAAUGUGAUAGUGGACCAGGGCACGUGUCGACUAACGGACGUGGAGAACGGCAUGCUGGGAGUUCCCUGCGUCCUGCGACCUGCCUUCACCCACUUCAGGAAGAUUAACACGACAGAAAGCAUCGAUGUCUUCUGCUUUGGCUAUUUACUCUACGAGAUCACCUAUGGCCACCCACCUGAUAGCAUUCCCGUGGACCACUAUCCCACCAUCCCCUACACUGCUGUGGUUUCAGUGCUGCAGUCCAUCCUGUCCACAGAGGCGUGUAAGUCAGGGAUGCCCACAGUGUCGCAGCUCAUUCAGACACCACUGUUCAGUGACGUCCCGCUGCAGCACUCGGAAAAAAUCCAGAUCAAGGUCCCGAGCAGGCUGAAGGACGCGCUGAAGACGGCCAAGGAGCGUUUAGAGAAGCGCCUGCAGGAGGAGCAGAGAGUGCUCCGCCAGCACAGGAGGCUGACCAGGGCCCAGUCUCAUCACGGAUCAGAGGAGGAAAGGAAGCGGAGGAAGAUUCUAGCGAGGAAGAAGUGCAGACAGUCCACUUAUGAGAAUGAAGACGACGUCUCUGUUAGGAACAAUAAUAACUCUGGCUCGGGCGCCAGUUCCCCUCCCACAUGCCCAUCCUCCCCCACCCCCCCGCCCUCCACAGGUGGUCAGACGGCCCCUCUUCCUCCGCCUCCUCCACCGCCACCACCUCCUCCUACGCUGGACACUCCCUCCACAUCAUCCUGCUCUGAAGGACCAGACGAAGGUCGCACCGCGCUGCUGAGCUCCAUCCAGACCUUCAGUAAAGGCAAACUGAAGAAGGCCCAGACAACAGACCGUAGUGGGCCCGUCUUCUGACACCCGCUCUGACGGGACCAUCACGCCGCUCCCUGACAUGUGAAGACACGUCCUGUUCCAAAUGAUCCAAAUUUGUUUUUACAGUUUUUUUGGGUUUGUUUUUUUUUUUUUGGGUGGCGAAUGUGUAAAUCGGGGAAUAUCUCCCGCCUGAUGAAUGCUGGAGAACUCAACAUGAGGCGGUGACCUCUUCUGGUCGACCUGUCUGGUUUUUUGUUUGCAGCUUCCAGGCCUGGAAAUGCUGCUUCCUUUUUAAUCUCAUGCAACCCAACAUUUUCCAAUGGAUUAGGUUGUUCUGUUACAGUACAUCAAAAAAUAAUAACUUUGUGAGGCAAAAAAUAAAAAUCCCAAAAAUGCUUUUGGGUCAACACAGAACUUUGGAAAAGAGGAAAGGAUGAAAAAAAAGCCAAACAAAUUUUUUUAUUUUUUUUUUUUACUUUUGAAUAUACACACAAACAUUUUGGAGAUACAUGCUUUUGAUGGGUGUUUUUUUUGUGGGGGGGGGCUCUUUGCAUCAUUACCAUUCAUUUUAAUCUUGCUUGCUAAUUCUAUGUCCAGGAUCGUCCAGUUUUUUUACUUAAAGUGUCGGCCUGUCUUUCCUAAACCGGCUUCAACGUGUAGCUACGCAAGACAAUUUGUGUUUUAACGAUGUGAUGUUUAAAUGUUAAGAGCUUCUAUUCUUUCACUGUGCCAUAUACGAUACGAUAUGAUAUGAUCCUUGUGCCUAUAUGAAUGUUUGAAUGUGUUCAGGGUGAUUAGCACACAGUUACGUCUUCACUCGUGGACUUGAACCUGAUGACUGCUUUCAAAAGGAUGUUGGAGCACAUUUUUUUAAAAAAAGUGAAAAUUUGGGUGUGAAUGUUCUAAGUGCCGUGGCUUGUUUUCAUGACCCAGUGCAAUCCAGUUCAGUGAGACUUGUCAUUGAAUUGCGUCCGAAUAUUUCUCUGCAGCACUUUAUCCCAAGGCAACUUCAUGACAUCAAUAUACAAAAUAAACGCCCAGUAAAUGUUGGAUGAAUAACUUGGCUUAAUAUUAUUGAAAGAUAGUGUUGUGUUUUUUUUAUCACAUUAAAGUUUUAGUUUUGUAAGCAGUAUGUACCACCCAAAAAAACUAUAUACCCAUGGCUGCUGACCCCAUGUAAGCUAAAAUAUCUUUAAUAAUGACAUAUGUCUCAUAAAGAGAGAUACUUGUAAUAUUUUGGUCACCUUAUUAGGC